AUGGCGGACAAGCUUCAAGACACCGCCAAAGGCGCCACGGACCAGGCUCAGAAGGGCGCCAGCGAGGGCAGCAAGAAAUGGGACGCCAUGUCCGAGGAUCAAAAGAAGAAGACCUUCGACUCUCUGCCCGACGACAAGAAGCACGGCAAGACUUACUACGAGUGGAUCACCGAGGGCUACCAUAACCAGUAUGAGAACUGGAUGCCGUGGAUCGAGGACAUGUACUUGAGCUGGUUUACCAAGGAUAACAAGGCGUCUUAUGCUACCAAGGAUACUCUCGACAAGACCAAAGUGACGGGUAUCGACCAAGUUGACACCCUGCAAGGCGACGUCAACAACCUUGUCGGCAACCAGUUCGGCAAGGGUGGUCUGUUCCAGCCCGUCGGUGAUGCCGUGUCGAAAGAAGGUGUCAACCGUGCUGAGCGUGGUGGUAAGGACGACAAGGGUGGCUACACCGGUGCUGGGGCUGCCGACUCUGCCGCUAGUGCUGCAAAGUCCACUGGCGAGGGUGUGGCAAGCGGUGCUCAGGGCGUCGGUAGCUCGGUGUACAACGGUGCUGCGAGCGCAGGAAGCUAUGUUGGCGGUAUGUUCGGUGGCGGGAAGAAGUAG